GACUGCCUAAUAAUAUCCCAUCAUGGAGACACGCUAUUCUUGCAGGCAUCCUCUCCUCCUCCUCCUAUUGUUGGUUGAUAUUAAGGAAGGAGUUGCAAAUAAAUCACCCCCUUUAUCCCUUUUAGAGUUUCUUUUCCUCUUUUGAUGCCAAAAAUUCCUACCUUAUUCCAAUCCAUCCAUUCAUUCCUUCCUUUUGCCUACACCCAUUAUAGUAUGAUCUAUCUGUGGUCUUUUUCCUUUAGAAGAUGAUCAAGAAACCCCAAAAGAAGGGGAUAUGCCAUCUGGGUUUUGAAGGUUUUGAUCCUUUAUGGCAUAUCUGAAAACUGGGGAUUGAUUCAAUUCGCAUGUAGGCAUUGAAGGUUUUGAUUUUUGGGGAAGAAUUGGGUAUUGUCUGUAUUGGAAGCCUUGAUUCUGGGAGGAAUGUCUGGUAGUGCUAGUGCCCAAGUGGGUUUGAAAUGUUAUGAUUCUCUGGGGACAAUGGGUGUGACGAAAUGGGAUUUUGUUUGAUAGAGUUUUGACGCUUCUUGUGUGUUUUAUUUGGUUUUCUUGAAGUUCACGGAAAAAAUGUUUUAACAUUCAAUUUUUAAACAAAUUUUUUAUUGGCAGUUAGAUAGUGGUUUGUUCUUCUUUUGCUCUGAUAAAAAGGUUUAUGUGCAGAAGAAGAACAAGUCUCACUCACUCCCUGUCCCAUUGGAAUAACACAUAGGGAUUCUUACCGUUACAACCAAUUUCCUUUUCAGAAACCGUUGUGGGUAGUUGUUUCUGCUUUGGUAAAGGGAACCAACGACCUUUAUUUUCAUGUAUAUACAACUUCAUCUCCCAAGGUCUUUUAUCUCUAUGUAAGGGUCGUCUUGCAUUUGAGGAAAAUCAGGUUUAGUUUGUACUGAUUGUAGUAUUCUCUCAAUUUUGGGGUGGGCAUGAAAUUUCUAAGCGUUAUGGGAAACUCUUUCGGAUGCUCAGCAUCUGGGGAGCGGUUAGUUUCAGCAGCAAGAGAUGGAGAUCUUCAAGAGGCCAAGGCCUUGUUGGAAUGUAAUCCUCGUCUAGCAAGGUACUCCACUUUUGGUGUUCGGAAUUCUCCACUCCAUUAUUCUGCAGCUCAGGGCCACCAUGAGAUAGUUUCACUCUUGCUUGAGUCUGGAGUUGAUAUUAAUCUCAGGAAUUAUCGUGGUCAGACUGCUUUGAUGCAAGCUUGCCAACAUGGUCAUUGGGAGGUUGUUCUGACCCUGAUUCUGUUUAAAGCCACCAUUCACAGAGCAGAUUAUCUGAAUGGGGGUACUGCACUCCACUUUGCUGCUUUGAAUGGUCAUACUCGGUGCAUCAGAAUCCUCCUUGCUGAUUACAUUCCCAGCUCUCCGGAUUUUUGGAGUAUGUUAAGGAAUGAAUUAGAGAAUGAAGAACCAAUUACAGAGUUUGAUCAUGAUGUUUUGGGUCAGAUAAUUAAUAGGCCUGCUGAUGGAGGAAUCACUGCUCUGCAUAUGGCAGCACUAAAUGGUCAUCUUGAAACUGUACAACUACUUUUGGAUUUGGGGGCUUCUGUUUUUGCAAUUACUGUGGAAGAUGGAGCUACAAUUGAUUUAAUAGGGGCUGGAAGCACAGCCCUACAUUAUGCUGCAUGUGGAGGAAAUGCCCAGUGUUGUCAAAUUUUGAUUUCCAGGGGUGCCAGUCUGAAAGCUGAAAAUGCAAACCGAUGGACGCCCUUGAUGGUGGCUCGUUCAUGGCAUAGAGAUUGGCUUGAGGAAGUCCUUAGCUCGGAGCAAGAAGGCCAGUCACAGAUACUUCCUAGUCUUCCUUCGCCAUACCUAUCCCUUCCCCUAAUGAGCAUUGUGAAGAUUGCUAGAGAAUGUGGAUGGAGGAACAAUGAUUCUUUACCUGCAUGCGAAGAUCCAUGCGUUGUCUGUUUGGAAAGACAGUGCACCGUGGCUGCAGAAGGUUGUGAUCAUGAGUUCUGCAUAAGUUGUGCCCUGUACCUUUGUUCGACAAACUGCAGCACGGUUGUGGCGCGUGGUCCCUUGGGAUCAAUUGCAUGUCCUCUCUGCCGGAAUGGCAUAGUUUCAUUUGCGAAGCUUCUAAAAACAAGACCAAUGGUGAAGGGGAUGGCAAAAACUAGUUUAUCCCUAUCAUUUUGCCGCUGUUCUACCGAGGAACCAGAGACAACCUCCUCAAUAACCACCCCUUUAUGCAAGCCCAGUUUUCGUUCCUCUCGGAAAUGUUCGCUGGGAUAUUUCCGGUCCCAGAGCUUCCAGAAGUUCCCAUCUAUCAAACUCAACUAUGGCCUUUGCAUGGGAGGAGUUUCAAACAUUACACCUUGUUUGGUUCCGUGCUCUGCUCGUAGAUGUUUGAGAUCAGGCUUUAGACGAACAACUUCUCAGCCUGAGGGCAGAAGGUCAUGGCUGUCUGCACUCAAUCAACAAGCAAUGACUAGCAGCGGAUGCUGAAUAACAUUGUUUUCUUCUUAUUUGCAUUUUUUUUUUCCUUCUUAUUUGUAUUUUUUUUUUCUUCUGGACUCUCGAGUUCUUUUAAACGCAUUUCCAUCUCAGUUUUGGCCAUGGUGUGACUCAAAUCAUUUGCUACUGCGGUGAUAAUUGGAUGGAGCAAAGCUGUAAAUAUAUAUUCAUUCAAAAGAAAUCUGUACCAAGAAGGAAAAAAAAUCUUCAGUGAAUUCACUGAUAAACUCCCAGUUUUGGCCAAUAAAAUUGUUUGUACAUUA